GCCGUGAAGCGGUGGGUCGGGCUCUCCAAGUGCCACGUUCGUGUCGUGGCGCUUGUCUUGUCACACUCGUGUGGGGGUUAGUAUAGGAAGGUGGUGCGUGUGCGGGUCAGUCGUCUAUUUUUCAUCCGUGGACUCGGAUCUCCGAAAAAUACGCCAUGAUUUCUCUAAGGUUAAUCAGCUUAUUGUGCUGCGUAGCGGCGAUCAGCUGCGAAGACUACGAGACCGAAGAUAGCGUGCUCGUCCUGAAACAGAGCAACUUCGAGCAGGGCAUCAAGGACCACAAGCAUGUGUUUGUCAAGUUCUACUCCCCCUGGUGCGGACACUGCAAGGCCAUGGCACCCGACUACGCCAGGGCAGCCAAGUUGCUCGAGGAGGAAGGCUCGGACAUCAAGCUGGCCAAGGUGGAUGCCACCGUCGAGAGCCAACUUGCCGAGCAGCACGACGUGCACGGCUACCCAACGCUGAAGUUCUUCCGUGACGGCCAGCCGCUCGAGUACAAGGGUGGUCGCACGGCUGAGGAGAUGGUCCGUUGGCUCAAGAAGAAGACCGGACCUUCGGCUCAGCCACUCGCCAGCGUCGAUGAGGCAAAGGCCUUCGUCGACAGCGCGGAGGUCACCGUCGUGGGCUUCUUCAAGGACCAGACGAGCGAGGAGGCGAAGCAGUUCCUGAAGGCGGCGGAUGCUGUCGACCGGCACGUGUUUGCCAUCACCUCGGACGAUGCCAUCUACAAGGAGUUGGGCGCCAACAAGGACGGAGUGAUGCUCUUCAAGAAGUUCGAUGAGGGCAAGAACACGCUCGACAAGGAGGUCACCUCGGAGAACGUGCAGACCUUUGUUCAGCUGAACAGCCUGCCUCUGGUUGUGGAAUUCACACAUGAAAGCGCCCAGAACGUGUUCAGCGGCCAGAUUCGUCAGCACAACCUGCUUUUCCUCAGCAAGAAGAGCGCCGACUUCAAGGACCUUCUGGAAAACUUUAAGGAGGCUGCCGCCGCCUUCAGGCACCAGGUUCUCUUCGUGACAAUCGACGUUGACGACGAGGACCACGAGCGCAUCCUCGAGUUCUUUGGCCUCAAGAAGGACCAGGUUCCCGCUCUGCGAUUCAUCAAGCUCGAGGGCGACAUGACCCGCUUCAAGCCCGAGACGGACUCGCUCAAGGCCGAGGACAUCAAGGCCUUUGUCAAGGGCGUGCUCGACGGCACCAUCAAGCAGAGCCUGCUGUCCCAGGACCUGCCCGACGACUGGGACAAGCACCCCGUCAAGGUGGUGGUGCAGAAGAACUUCGACGAGGUCGUCUUCGACAAGACCAAGGACGUGCUGGUCGAGUUUUACGCCCCCUGGUGCGGCCACUGCAAGCAGCUGUCGCCCAUCUACGACGACCUGGCCGAGAAGUACAAGGACCGCGACGACGUGCUCAUCGUCAAGAUGGACGCCACGGCCAACGAGCUCGAGCACACCAAGGUUGACAGCUUCCCCACCAUCAAGCUUUACAAGAAGGAGACAAACGAGGUUGUGCAGUACAAUGGCGAGCGGACACUCGAGGGUCUUUCCAAGUUCCUCGACACCAACGGAGAGUACGGCCAGGCGCCUCCUGAGGAGGUUGAAGAGGAAGAAGAGGAGGAGGAAGACAAGGAUGACAAGCGGAGGGACGAACUUUGAGCAGACGGCUUUGCCAAACACCCCACCUUUCCUCCUUCAGUUCACUUCCUUCCCCCACCCGACCCCCAUGUUCCCAUGUUUUCUAGUUUCUUAAUGCUGUUACAUUUUUUUUUAAUUCUGUCACGCGUUCUACAUUCAUUUCGAGCCCUGCCUCGUAAUUGUCAUACCUCUCUCCCCCGUGCCACUUCCCCGUGUUUUCUUUUUUUUCUUUUUCUUCACCAUACUGUCAACAUGUUGAGAUACGUUUUUUUAUGCCUUUCUCUUCAAGUGCUCCGAUCUCUGUUGUUGUCGUCGUCCAAACAUACAAGGAAACAAAAAGAAACAUUUGAUUUUUUACUGUCUUCAACGUGACUGGCCGCCGCCGCUUUUCCGUGAUUCGCUGUUGUCAACGUGCGGAGGGACCUCGUGGAAAUGUUGAAUGGGUGCUUCCAAUCUCAGUGCAAGCAGAGACCAAGCUGCAUCUCGAGCUUCUUUUUCUCAUGACCCUAUUGUGACAGACUGGGCACUGUAUCACGGGGUUGUGGCUUUGCAAAGGAAAAAAAAUGACAGCGCUGUUUGUUCCCGUUGCUUUUGUACAAUCGACGCACGUCAAACUUCGUAGUAGUAUUCUUGUGCCGUUUUCUUUUAGUUUUAAGAGGGACCACUCGCGCGAUACCAACUCGCGGCACAGAGCUGUGUCGAGAGAAAAGGGUAGUUUAUGCUCGGCCUGACUAUCUGAGGGCGCCUGUGCAAUUUGUUUUUAAAAGGUCUCAAGAAAACAAAAACGAGUGGCACCUGUUUCUCGCGGGCAUUUUUCUGUCUUUGAAUUGUGCGCAAACUUUUGUUACAGGCCCCACUACGUAUUUAUUUCUGCUAUGCUUGUUACCUUGCAAACUGCGGUUGGUGCAUUUGGGAGUUGUUGCCUCACUUGUUUUUUAAACCUUUUUUUUUUUUUUUCUUUCGAAAUGUGGUGUGAACGAAGCAGGCGGGUUUGUGUGAGUGUAAAAUUUCUUUAGAGGGCGCCACUUGCCUUAUUGCAGUGGCCUGUAUUUUCUUUUUCUUUUUUGCAAGAAUGUGUGAGCAGAUGAAUCUUCUGUCCAAAAAAAAAAAUCAUGGCUGUGGUUGCGCGCACAAUCGUCGUCUGCUGGGCAUUUACCACGUGUCGUGUCGGAAACUCUCAGAGAAUGUGCGUCCUGCUAAGAGAUGAGAAAUAAAAACAUUUCACAACUCUCG